AUGACUUACUCCGUGCUAAUACUCGCCUACCGCAAGCCCGGCACAACGCCGGAACAGUUUCGCGCGCAUUAUGAAGGCAAACACAUGCCACUAGUCAAAGAGAUAGGCGGAGAACACUUCCCUCUAAGCCAUACGCGGCGGUACAUCCACCGCACAGAGGGUAAAACCGAGGACACCGAGCGCAAUGCCAACUUUCCGGCGACCGUCCUCAUGGGCUCCCAGGCCGACUUCGACUACGACGCCAUCGCUGAGCUCACCUUUGCGGACGCCAGUGCGUUUCAGACCUUCUUUGGGCUCUAUCAGCAGCCGGAGAAUGCUGCGCGGAUCGCAGCGGACGAGGAGCAGUUCCUCGAUCGCCCACGAACGGAUUUCUUGACAAAACCAGGCACAGAGCUUCAUUCAUCGUCCAGGAUAUGGGUGAAGCCAGGCGACAGCAUCGCCACCAUGGAGAUGAUGGAGCACCCCGAGACAAAAUCAACUGAGCCCUGUUCAACCGAUAUGCUGUUCACCCUGCCCGCAGAGCUUCUCCAGCUCAUCUUUUCAGACGUCGGCACGGAGAACUUCCGUCAAGAUGUUCGACGCCUCGCCGUAUGCAAGAAUUGGUACUCCUUUGCCAGACCGAUCCUCCUGCGCAACCUUCGCCUGCAAGUGACAGAUCUACGACCGAUGGUACGCGCCAUGAGAGGAAACAAGAAGCUCGCCGCGGCGCAGCAAAUGACAACAUCUAUCGACCUCACAAUGGAUCCGCUGCCGUUCAAGACACAGAUCGAUCAACAGAGAGCUCGGGCUACCGCAAACCUCCACGAGGUAGUGUCUAGGCUCAAGAGCCUUGAUGCGCUGCGCACGCUGGUCAUCUGCCCAAGUCUGGACAAGUGCGCAAUGGCCAGCCAGGUCUUCUCGCGAAUCAAUACCCUCCAUCAGUUGACAUCACUCGAGAUUGACAUGGUGAACGUUGAAUUUCAUGAGGAGACACCGGUACACCUCUGCGACUUCAUCAGCCAAAUGAUCCCCAACCUCAAGAGUUUGCGAUGCCGACUGCCCUAUAUUUGCACUGCCCUGCUGGAUACGCUGCCUGGGGACCUCGAGGAGCUCAUUAUCAACACCAGCUUCACGGAGCAGUCGCGUCUGCUGGAGUUUGUGGAAUCCAUGCGCAAUCCCAAGAUGGUUAGGCUCAUCUACAACGAUCCAAGCACGCAGAGCACAUACGCCUUUGACGCUAUAGAACAGCGGCGACUGUAUCUGGGGGGCGACCCCGUUUGGGACGCGGAUGAUCUAGGGCUGCCCUCGGAAAAGUUCGGUGAGAAUUUCGAGAACCACUUUCAGGCCAUGCACUUGCAGUUCCUGCACGGUACCUACGACACGCCAGCCUCACUCCCGCAACAACCGCUGCUGCGGUGCAUACCAAACGGCACCAGCCGAGUCAGACAUCGUCCGGUCAUGCAGUGCUAUGUCGCAUUCCUAGCCCUCGCGAAUUCUGGUGUCACAAUUGCUGCCCAAGCUACUCGAUAA